AUGUCUUAUUUGUUAAAGACUAUAAAGAAUGAAUAUUUUGAAAAGUGUAAAAUAAAUGAAAAAAAAAAAGAUAAAAAAGAAGAAGAAAGUGUUAGAUUUGACCAGAAAGAUGUUUUAGAUGAGUUGAUGUUAAUAUUAUCGGAAUAUUUCUUGAAUAAUUGCAUUGAUUGUGUCAUUGAAGAUGAUUUCAAUUGUGUAAUAAAUGAAAUUUUGAAAAUAAUUUAUUUGAAAGAUAAACCAUUAGUUAGGAAUAAUGUAUGA